CCAUUAAAGUUAUGAAGCGCACCUGACUAAGUCAUGAAUGGCACAUCAAACGCGCUUCUGAAUAUCAGCCACUUAUUUACUCGCACCACCGUCCCAACUCCAGCUCAAGUCGAGUCUCUUUUGUACACUUAUGCCGGCAGCAAAUCUCUCGCAAACAUCACGAAACUCCAUGCCCGUCUCAUCAUAUCGGGCCUCCUUGCACCAUGGGAAUCACGCUACAUUCCUGCUCUUCUCGCAUCUGGGUAUGCGUUGUCUGGUCAUGUUCCCAAUGCACGUCAACUGUUUGAUGGAUUGCAUCAGAGAACUAAGCGUGCAUACAACAGUAUGAUAAAGUUGUAUACGGAGAAGGGAUUGAUGCAUAAUGCACUCGAGAUGUUUGUGGAAAUGUUUAAGUCGGGAAGAACGAAGCCGGAUAGGCUCACGUACCCUUUUGUGGUUAAGGCUUGUUCUGCAUUAUCGAUGUCACAGUUUGGUUUAUCGGUUCACGGAUUGAUUAUAAGUAGCGGUGUUGAUUCAAAUACGUUUGUUGGUAAUUCAUUGCUCGCAAUGUACAUGAGUUUUGGUGAGAAUGAUAGUGCUAGACAAGUUUUUGACGAGAUGGAUGACAAAAGUGUGGUCUCUUGGAACACUUUGAUAAGCGGGUAUCUCAAAAACGGAUUUGCCAACGAGUCUUUGAGGGUCUUUAAGGAAAUGGUCGAUGCUGGAGUGGAGAUUGAUAACGCCACCGUUGUUUCAGUCCUCCCUUCGUGUGCUUAUCUGAAAGCAUUAGAGGUGGGGAUAGAGGUGCAUGGUAUGGUGAAAGAGAACGGUUUGGACGAAAAUUUAUUCGUUAGAAAUGCUUUGGUGGAUAUGUAUGUGAAAUGCGGUCAAAUGGAAGAUGCACGAGCCAUAUUCGAUGAAACUAAUGGGAGAGAUGUAGUGACCUGGACGUCCAUUAUCAAUGGGUACAUUGUAAACGGUGAUCCAAGAAGCGCCGUAUCACUUUGCCCGUUAAUGCUGCUUGAAGGUGUACGGCCUAAUGCUUUAACUUUGGCAUCUCUUCUUUCAGCCUGUGCGGAUUUGAAGUAUUUGAAGCAAGGUAAGAGCUUCCAUGGAUGGGCAAUGAAGAACGAUCUUGAUUCCGAUGUAAAUGUGGAGACUGGAUUGGUCGACAUGUAUGCAAAAUGUGUCCUUCUCGCUUACAGCUUUCGCGUGUUUAACAGAACGUCAAAAAUGGGAACGGCCCCGUGGAAUGCAAUACUUUCUGGAUGCACUGAAAACGGGCUUGGUAGAGAAGCAAUAAUGUUGUUCAAAGAAAUGAGACUAUCGGAAGGUGUAGCACCCAACGAAGCAACUUUAAAAUCUCUUCUGCCUGCGUACGCCAUUACGACAGAUCUUAGACAGGUAACGGGUUUCCAUGGUUAUCUAAUACGAUCCGGGUUUCUCUCAAAAAGCGAUUUAGCCACUGGUUUAAUCGAUAUAUACUCAAAAUGCGGAGCUUUGGAACAAGCGCACAUGAGCUUUAACGAGGUUCCCUCAAAAGAACGAGAUAUUAUUUUGUGGAGUGUGAUAAUCGCUGGUUACGGGAAACAUGGGAACGGAGAAGCUGCUCUUUCUCUUUUCAAUCAAAUGGUUCGAUCUGGGGUGGAACCUAAUGAAGUCACGUUUACUUCUGUUUUGCACGGCUGCAGCCAUUCUGGAUUGGUGGAUGAGGGGUUGAGCUUGUUCCGGUUCAUGGUUAAAGAUCACAAAGUCGACCCUCGUCCUUAUCAUUACACCUGUAUCAUUGAUCUUCUUGGUCGAGCCGGGAGGCUGGAGGAGGCGUACGACUUGAUUACGACGAUGCCGACAGCUCCGAACCAUACGGUUUGGGGUGCGUUGUUGGGUGCGUGUGUGGUUCAUGAGAAGGUGGAAUUGGGUGAAGUGGCUGCAAAAUGGCUGUUCGAGUUAGAGCCUGAGAAUACUGGUAAUUAUAUAUUGAUGGGCAAUAUUUAUGCUGCUGCUGGAAGGUGGGAGGAUGCGGAGAAUGUGAGAAAUAUGAUGAAUGAAAUAGGAUUAAGGAAAUCACCGGCUCAUAGCUUCAUAGGGACCAGACAUGAAUGA